UUACCCGGCCGGAGUCUGACUGUCAUGAGUAGUAAAUCAAUCAAUUGUAUACAUUGGGAUUCCGAAUGUUCAUCGGAGUAUGGCGAUCUGGUUUCAGAAUUCGAGUCGAAUUGGACUGCGGUCUGGUCCGCUUCGACAAUCCGAGGUCGGCACGCCCGUAUCUUGCGCCGCCACCAUAAAACCAGGGCACGGCCACGAUUAACGCCCCACGUUCCAAGAUUCAAAACGCAAACUCGCCAAGACGCGGUUACCCUUACCGGCGGUUUUGAAGCCACGGCGAUGUACUCCCACGACGGCGGUCCGGUCCUCAUCCACCCUCUGCAGCCGCCGCCGCCGCCACCGCCACCGCUGUGUAGCUUCGUCCACAUCGUUCCACAGUACACCAUGGUGGAGUACCCGCCGCAGCCGGCGCCCCUGGUGUUCACGCCCGGCGGCGGCGGCGGCGCGUUCUUGGAGGCCGCCACCAAGGAUGUGCGCCCCGAGGUGCGCGACGUGUGGGCCGGCAACUUCAACGAUGAGCUCUCCAACCUCACGGCGGUGCUGCCGCACUACCCCUGGGUGUGCGUCGACACCGAGUUCCCCGGCGCGGUCCACGACUCGGACACGCCGCGGUACCUCCGCGGGCCGCGGGAGAGCUACGCGCUGGUGAAGAAGAACGUGGACGACCUCAAGCUGCUCCAGGUCGGGAUCGCGCUGUCGGGCCCCGCCGGACGCUUCCCCGUCGCGUGGCAGUUCAACCUCCGGGGCUUCGACCCCGCGCGCCACCCGUAUGCGCCGGCGUCCCUCGCCUUGCUCCGCGCGCAGGGGAUGCACUUCGCCACCAUGAACGAGUUCGGCAUCGACCCGGACGCCUUCGCCGUCGGGUUCCACCGCAGCGGCCUCGCCUGCGGGCAGCUCACCUGGACCGCGUUCUCGGGCUCCUACGACUUCGCGUAUCUCGCCAAGGUGCUCACCGGCGGCCAGCCGCUGCCGGCCACGCUGGACGGGUUCCUCGCCCUGGUCCGUCAGCUGUUCGGCCCCAAUGUGCUCGACGUGAAGCACCUCGCCAGGUGCUGCGCCAUGCGCGGGGGGCUGGAGCAGGUGGCCGCCGCGCUCGGCGUGGAGCGCGCCGCCGGCCACGCGCACUGCGCCGGCUCUGACAGCCUGCUAACCACCGACGUACUCCUGGCAAUGCUGAAUAGCUUCUUCAUGAACGUCGAUGUGCUCGUGCACGCAGGAACCAUCGUAGACCUAGCCUAGUUUUCUAAAGUACUUUUCUAGUGUAUAGGCUUAGUGUAGUUGGCAUUGCAGCCAUGCAUUGUCCAACUGCUAAUUUGUACAAAUUGCUGUUAGAAAGUUUUUGAUUUGAGACUGCUCUGCAUUUGAUUGAUUAUGUGUUUUU